CUUGACUUUCCGUAUUUUAACGAAGUGCUGCUUGGGACCGAGGAGUCACGAAGGGAGAGUUCUGCCUUGGUCCUGUAUUCGGGCAGUUGCGAAGAGCUGAGAUACCUCUCCCCUAAGAAAAGGAAACCUUAGUAUUUUUUUUUUUUUUUAUUGAAACAAUGGAACGAAAGGCAUACAUUUAAAAAGCUGAGCUUUAAUAAGCGAACGUUUUUUUUUUCUUUUUUUUUGUUCUUCGCCAACAGAAUCAGCUGUUGUGAUUGGUUCGCUAACUUGACACCAGAGAGUCAGCGGCUCGGAAGACGGCGCCGUGGAUGUGAGCUUUCUUUUCCACAAAGUUUGGUGACCGUAAACUAUUUUAUUUGUUUCUUCUGUCCUCGCCAUGGCUGAAGGACCGUUUUACGGAGGUGGUUUAAAUGGCAGUUCCCGGCUGCUCAGGAGAGCGACGGGUCACCAACCGCCUGCGAUAAAUGUCCGCAGAAAAAGUCGCCAAAGUCAGUCGAGACGGAACGUCCACAACAGGGUGGUCUUGGAGAAGGUCCUAGGCAUCACUACAUCCAGCAGCAGCGGCUUAGCCUGUAACCCCAACAGCGGAUUGGUGGCCUAUCCUGCCGGAUGUGUUGUUGUGAUCCUACAUCCCAAAAGGAACAAUCAGAACCAUAUUUUGAACAUCUCCAGAAAAACUUUCACUGCCUUGGCAUUCUCUCAGGAUGGAAAAUACUUGGUCACUGGUGAGAGCGGUCACAUGCCCUGUGUUCGAGUGUGGGACGUAGCUGAGAGGACUCAGGUGGCUGAGGUGCAGUGCCACAAGUAUGGUGUGGCCUGCGUGGCCUUCUCCACCAACAGCAGCUACAUUGUGUCGGUGGGCUACCAGCAUGACCAGACAGUCAGUGUAUGGGAGUGGAGGAAGGGUACAGUUAUUGCCUCCAACAAGGUGUCCAGCCGAGUGUUGUCUGUGUCCUUCUCAGAGGACAACAGCUACUUUGUCACAGCAGGGAACAGACAUGUCAAGUUCUGGUAUCUGGAUGCCUCCAAGGAGAGACGGGUAAAUAGCACAGUGCCUCUCAUUGGCCGUUCAGGAUUACUUGGAGAGCAGAGGAACAGACUGUUCUGUGGUCUGGCCUGUGGGCGUGGCAGCAUGGCCAGCAGCACUUACUGUAUCACGAGCUCUGGCCUCCUUUGCCAGUUCAAUAGCAGAAGACUACUUGAUGCAUGGGUUGAUCUGAAGACGUCUUCAGCACGCUGCUUGUCUGUCAGCGAUCGCUAUGUGUUCUGUGGCUGUGCAGAUGGUACGGUCCGAGUCUUUAACCCUCAGAAUCUCCAUUACAUCACCACGCUGCACCGCCCUCACAGUCUUGGGGUGGACAUCACACAGGGACUUCAAUCUGGACACCCAUUUGCCUCUAGUCCAGAAGCAGAAUUCCCGGACACUAUUGCCCUCGCUUUUGACCCCAUUACACACUGGCUGACCUGUGUUUACAAUGACCAUAGCCUAUAUGUGUGGGAUGUCCGUGACAUGAGGAAUGUGGGAAAAGUAUACUCUGCCCUUUAUCAUAGUAACUGCGUCUGGAGUGUGGAGACAUAUCCACAUGUGGAAGAGCCAUCAAAGUCCUGCCUACAUCCUGGGUCCUUCCUUACCUGCUCAUCAGACAAUACCAUAAGACUGUGGCACAUUGACCCUCAGCAUAACCAAAGUCCCAGCGCAAAAUAUGGUCGGAAUCUUUAUAGUCGUGAUUUAAUGAAGAUCGUGUAUGUUGGGAAGGACACGCAACACCUGCAGCAUGAGUGGGGAGAAGGGGGCAGCAUUGCUGAUGUCAAGUCUGGUAUCAGAGUCCUGAAGAUCAGUCCAGAUGGGCAGCAUCUGGCAGCUGGAGAUCGCAACGGCAACUUGCAUAUCUUUAGUCUGCAGUUUCUGGAUGAGCUGCUGAAAAUAGAGGCUCAUGAUUCAGAGGUCCUCUGUCUGGAGUUCUCCCCGCUGGAAACUGGUCUGCACCUGCUGGCUUCUGCAAGUCGUGACCGCCUCAUUCAUGUGUUCAACAUGGAGAAAGAUUAUAGCCUGGAGCAGACUGUGUACGACCACUCGGCCUCCAUCACUGCCAUCAGGUUUACAGGUGAUGGUUCAGCAGUUCACAUGGUGAGUUGUGGGGCAGACAAGAGCAUCUAUUUUCGCACAGCAGAAAAGUCCUCAGAAGGACUGACAUUUUCUCGCUCCCACCACGUGGUAGAGAAAGCCACGCUGUAUGACAUGGAUCUAGACUCCUCAUGCAGUCACACAGUCAUCGCCUGCCAGGACAGGAACAUCAGAGUAUACAAUGUGAAGAGUGGAAAGAUGAAGAAGUGUUUCAAAGGUUCCUUGAGUGAUGAUGGCACAUUGCUUAAGGUGCAGAUGGACCCUUCUGGUAUGUUUCUGGCCACCAGCUGUUCUGACAAGAACAUUAGUAUCUUUGACUAUGAGAGUGGUGAAUGUGUAGCAACCCUGUUUGGUCACUCGGAAAUUGUGACUGGUAUGAAAUUUAGCCAGGACUGUCGUCACCUCAUCACAGUAUCUGGAGACAGCUGUGUGUUUGUGUGGCGUCUGGACUCUCAAAUGACCAACUCCAUGAGGAAGAGACUAGCUGAUAUGACACUUGGGACUGGGCUCCAGGGCAUUGUCAAGUGCCCCCCAAUCAGGAGGCAGACUUACAUCACUGUCCCUAGCAAUGUGCUGGAAGAAACUGCAGUGGAUGCAGAGGAGGAAGAAGGAGUGAUGAGUGAAGAAGACCAAGAAGAGGACCCAAGGACUCCUGCUAGAGAUGAAUCUUCACAAGAUGAUGUUCUGGAUGCCAUGUUCUUGCAGACGAAUGGUAAAUUGCCAAUGUGGGCCAGGAGACUUGGAGCAGCUGGGCUAUCUAGCGUCAACCCUGCUGAGCAGGCUGAGGUUAUCCCCUAUCAGCCCCGGGGACGCUGGGCUGAACAGUCAGACCCUCAGGCUAUCCGCUCUGUCCUGGAGACAAGAAGCCUGCAGCUCCCCCUCUCCCCCAGCCCCAGGAAAACUGAGGGAUGUGAGGAUGAAGAGGAUGCUGAAGAAGAUUCUCACUUCCAUCCCCAGAGUCUGGACAGUCUUCUCGUAGAGGAGAAUGACAAUGAAGAGUUUGAAAAUGGCAAAAAGGAGGUGACCAAAGCUCGGCUAGUGCCUGGAGUUCAGAGACCAAACUUCUUGUCGUUGCCAGAGAGCGAGGAGCUCUUCUCAGCAGGACUGGGUUCACCGGAAACGAGUGACUAUAUCUUGUAUCCUGCCAAUAGUACUGCUCUCUCCACAGCUGGAGAAGGGGAAUUUGAUGUCAGGGAGCAGUGUGAAGCUAGGUCGGGGCGUCAGCAGGGAGGCUGGGGGGAGGAAGAACUCAGCCCCGAUAGUGCCUGCUGCGUGGGUUCUGCUGAGAGCCAGGUCUCCACUCAGGAUGCUGACACAGACUCCCUUAGUCAGGUGAGCUCAACAGGCAGUUCUGGGAUGGAAGAUGAUGAAGAAGAACCGGAGACGCUAUUACGGAGACAUUUUGAUACGCUGGCAGAUAAUCUUGUGACAAAUGAAAAAUUUAACACAGAUCUGAGAGAGCUGCAGCCAUCCAACGAAAGCAUCUUCCUCAAUCCCCGGCUCAGUAUCUCCGCUCGUUUCUUGUCUCGCUUCCAGAGUCGUACCAAGUUUGGGAUUGGACUCAUAAGCCGCCCAGCAACAAGCAAAGCUGUGACUACACCCAGCAUCUCUGAGGAACCAAGUGGUCAACUGGACAGUCCGGUGAAGCUUGAGAUUCCCUCAAAGCCCUUCAGUAAUGAUACUCUGUUAGAAUCUGCCCCUCAAGACAACAGCAAAAACAGAGAAAUUACAAACAGGAAUCAGCUGAUAGGGUCCCAUUCUCAGAGAGUUCCAGCACCUGUUUUGGAUGAAGAAGCUUGUCUUCAGAAGAUGGACAUGUCUAGAUCUAGCAAAGACUCACUCCAAACACAGCUAGCCGUUCGACCCAGCCAACAAAGCUACAUGUGUACCACUGCCAGCUCACGUGCCAAGAUGUCCCGUAGCUACUCCUUGGGUGAGAAACUGAACGUUAGUUCAACUGAGGAACAAUCCAUCAAGCUGCAGACUGGACUGAAAGUCUCCUCUGUCCAGGACCUUAGUGCACACCAGGACUGCAAGGAGAAUUUUCCUCCACCUGCACGUCUCCCUGCUGCAUUCACAGCCAGCACCACCACCAUUAGUAACAGCACUGCCUGUGGAAUAAGUCACACACCCAUAAGCCAGUCUGUGGCUCCUGCAGGCAAUCACAGUGCCAGAGUGGGUUUGCACCUUGACCUAUCCAGGGCAGAGCGUACCUCAGAGACCUCCACUUCCCCCUUACCCCUCAAAUUGCGCCGUCGGACUGUGGAUCUGGCCCAUCUCUCUGCCCUCACUACACCCACUGAGAUGAGGUCUCUGGGUAAAGAGGAGAAGAAUUACAUCAGUUCAAUUGAGGAAAAGCUUACACCUCAAAGCCCAGUCCAGCUAACGAACUUCCCUGGCUCAAAGACCUCCAAGACUUUGCACAGUAGCACCUCCACCAGGAGCCAGUUUUUCACUGCCUCCUCAUUGAGGGGAGUUGAGAAAGAACUGUUCUCUUUGCCACAAAAGUCAGGCUCGGUAACUGAUUCUCCACUACCUCUAGCUGAAGAAACUGUACCCAUUGUGAUUUCUCCAAAGGAGUCAAGUACCAAGGAUCAAGGUAUUGAGAAUGAACCAGUGAACCUGCAAAUAUGUAAGGGUGUAGUAAAUGAGUUGCAGCAUGCAGUGAAGAAAGCAGUUCAUUUGUACACCAAGCUACAUUUAAUGGAAGACAACAUAGAACAGCUGCAACACAUGAAGUCUGUCCUGACGGAUGCCUUCCUGACGAUCCAGACCGAGUUGGACUCAGUGUGCACACGGAGCCUGUACCCCUCUCAAAAGGCUUCCUGCUUACCAGCAGAGGAGUCUCCUGGCCGGCAGCUUAAAGAUGACCGAACUAUGGCUUUGUUAGAAAAGUACUCUGAGAUGCUGCUGAGAAUAGCAGAGAAGAAGAUGGAUUGCAACUAAGUCACAGUGUUAAAUUUUUCUUUGCACUGCAUGAGUAAGACAUCUUCCUACUAGCGCAAAAGCUCUAUGCUUUCAUUAAAGGCUACUCAAGCUCUUUGCAAAGAAUAGCACUUUUUAUUUUUUAAAACAUAAUUGUCCUUGCUUACAGUCCUGUUGUCUUUUUAAUGUAUUCUUGUUUACAUAACUUAUAAAUCUUAUUUUGUCCAUUUAUGUGGUUGUCUCAAUUUACAAUAACCAAUUUCCACUGUAAGGAUCAAUAUAUUAAAACUUGAUCUCCACAUUGAAAGCAAUAGAUCAGUGUAUCUAGUCACAUACACUAUUUUAACCAGAGAUUAAAUUAUGUGGUCUCAGGAAACGGUGCCUGAAUCCAGUGUAAGAAAAGAACAGACCUAAUCAGUGUGAGCCAAAUAAACCGCAAUGUAAGAAACAAAAGCUUUAUUUAGUGUUUGUUUUUUAGGGUUAGGAUUUCAGAUUUUGCCUCUCGAAUAAGUUGUGAAUAGUGCCUGAAAUUAGUUGCACAUUUUCUUUAAGCAGUUGAAAAUGCAGUCUUGCAGUUCACCCAUCCCCCCCCACCCCUGUAUUUUAAGGAAUGCUGAGGCAUGCUAUUCAGAUUCAAGAUGUUUGAAGGGAGACAUACAAAAUAUUUUGUGAACAGUUUGUAGCAUUAUAAGGUUGCAGUUUUGUUUGGCAAAAUAUUGCUUGUUUGCACUAUAUUUUAUUCCACAGGCUGGAUGUCUUGAGCUAUUUCAUAAUCACUGAAUUUUCUUACAGAUGUGCAAUCCUUUGUUCUAACAUUUAGAUGCAGUUGUAAAUAUUUAGCAUUUUGCUUAAGCUUUGUGUUAUACUUCUGUCUGCUUUUUUUUAAUAAAUAUUGUGCC